AUGAUUUCGCCUUUUUUAUUAACAGGUCACACGUUUAUUUAUGGCUGUUCCAAUUACACGUUCCAUGUGGCAUCGAAAGCAAAGCUGGUUAGUUGGGACGAAAGCCGCCAAUUGUGCAAGGAAUUCGGAAGCGACCUUGUUUCAUUGGAAAGCAGCGACGAGUGGACCGCUUUGAAAAAUGUGAUACAAAGCUUCCCUGCGAGUGAAUAUUUCAUCGGUUUAAAGAGGGACCGAAGUUCCGGACGGUGGUUAUGGUUAAGUAACAACAGUUCAUUAAACGUGUCUGGGGGAAGAACUCCUUGGUCACCAGGCCAACCCAGUGGUAACGGAGAAUGUACUGAAAUGUUCAAGAAUUAUAGCAAGUAUUAUGGACUGUUUAAUGACCUACCCUGUACGAAACGAAGAGGUGGAUAUAUAUGCGAGAGGCGUGUUAGUUGUGUGGGCAACACAGGUAAGUGCCAAAACUGUGCAAAAUAGCGGCAGAUAUAAUUUCAGUCUUACUAUCUUUCAAUUGUCUACACUGUACUCCACUUUAUUUUUGACGACUUAAAGUGGCGCGUUUAAUGACCAAUUGGCAUAAAAACUAUACUGUAGAAAAUAUCGCAGGUACCAAAUAAACCCCUCUAAGGGAUUCUUAGUCGUUGGAUCGAAGUCCUCUGCCUCUAUUCAUGUUAUACUAGGAAUCAAUGUGGAUUUACUAAAAAUUGCUUACAUUGCCUUCCAUAAAUGUUUUACAUCGAUCUGUUUUUAUUUACAGCAAUAGAUUGGCACCAAAAUUUGGCAAAACAUAUAAAAGAGUCACAUCCUAAUCCCUCCCUCUAAUUCAGAUACAGUAAAUCCUGUAUUAAGCGGACACCCUUUGGGAAUGCUGUAGUGUCCGCUUAAUACUAAUACAGGUUUCGAUAUAUAACGUCAUAUGAGGUGUCAAAUGCCAUUCAAAUGAACAAUGGAAGCGUUUAUAAUACUCCCAGAGACUAUGACGAUAGACAUUUGCAUUAAUUUCUUUAUCAAAGUGAACUAAUUGAUCUUAGUACCAUAAACAUGGAUUGCAACUCAAAUUUGAAGAAAUCAGAUGAGUGAAACAAGCUUUAUACAAACAAAACGAAAUAGAAAACAAUCCUGUACUAUGAAACUAAUCAAAUAAGUUCGUCAAGUCACGUUUUUUAAUGUAAAAAUAAAAAAAAUUGUGGGUGGCAAUUCGAGGCAAUCUUUCGCAUUUCCGGUGUCUGACGUGUUGGGUAGUGGAAUUUAAUUACAAGUAUCCGUUUAAUACAGGUUGGCAACAAUAGAAAUGACCAUUUCAGGUACUUUUUAGUUGUCCGCGUCCGCUUAAUAGAGGUGUCCGCUUAAUAAAGGUUUCAUUUAAACUAAAUAAGGGAAAUAAAUUUGGGGACUUCGGCUACUGUCCGCUUAAUAGAGGGUGUCCACUUAAUACAGGUUUCACUGUACCCCUUCCACCAUUGUAUACCAUCCCAGAGGCAAGGCAAUUUAUUGGCCUUGCUAUUUUCGUUAAAUUUUCUUUCAUGAACAAAGGCUUAGAUCAAGAUAAAAUAUAUUUAUUCGCAUAAAUGUUGGGUGAGGAAGAAUUGUUGGAUCUUGUUUACUGUGGGUAAUGUCGACAGAGAUAUCGGAACAAGAUCCGAAUUGUUUGUCGUCGAUCGAAUUUUGCUGACAUACAUUUUUCAGAUUCAAGUUCCUGUUGUCCUUGUUCCUCGAUCCCCUGUCAAAAUGGAGGAGAAUGCAAAGAUGGGGAUGACGGAAGAUACAAUUGUUUUUGCCGAGGUGGAUUCACUGGAGAGAACUGUCAGGAUGGUUAGUCAUAAUUUAAAUUUUCUAACGAGCUCUAACAUGGACAUAACGUGCCAUCCAACUGUACUCACAAUGCGGCUGCCGGUGGAGCUCAUAGCAAGCAGACACACAUUUAAUUUACUCUCAUAAGGACAUGUUUUGAGCGGACGUAGUGGUUAGCACUGUGAGUUUAAGUCGACUAAAGAAUCAGUAAUGUGUUAGAAAACAGGUGCUGCUUUGGUCUGAAAACAGAAACACACUGAUCGCCAUCAGCACUUGACCUCAAACAAACACAAAAUCCGUUUACCACAAACUAUUUAAACUGUUUUAACACCUCCAAUCUCACAGCAAAACAAUAGCAUCAUUAUACACUACUACAAAUACAAAAAUAAAAUAAAGGACCCCGGCAAAGAAUUAAACAAGGAACAGGAAAGUAUUGGUAGAAAAUUUUGCACAUGCAUAGUCGCUCCUCUUAAGUGUAUUUUCUUUGAUUGAUUUGUUAGUCUUUGAUCCUUGUUACUCGAAUCCUUGUCAAAACGGAGGAAACUGCAACAAUAGUGGCAACGGAACAUAUGGUUGUUCAUGCAGGAGCCCAUUCAUUGGAAAACACUGUCAAGAAAGUAAGUGCAAACCACUUUACAUAAAACGGGUUGUUAGAAUGAUUACUGCCUCACUGGUGUUCACGCCUAUAGCUUGUCACAUGAACCAAGUUUGAUACACUGGACAUUAGCAACCAACUCAUUAGGAGCGCUUAGCAAAGCCUAAGAACGUCUGCAAGGGAGGUUACUCCUGUAAAGGCAACUAGUAGGAUUUUGCUAGCUAGCUAGUGUCACUGACAAAAAAAAAUCUCAUUUCAAGCAUAUAUAUAUUCGUUCACAAAUCCCCUGAAGCUGGUCUAACUUGGCUUGAAAUAAACAUUUCUCCAAUGAAGUACCUCUGAUGCGUGUGCAGAGAGAGAAGCAGUGGCGAUCUCAUGGGGGUGAAUACAGGGGAGGACUCUUUGGCAUUUAUGUGAAAAAUGUUGAAGGGCUACGUUAAUAUAAUGGUGAUAAAUAACAUGGAGAAUGUGCGAUAGCUUCUAUUUAAUAUUUGUCAGUUAGGUUAUAAGAAAAAAUUUAAAAAUGGUGUAUUUUUUCUAAAUUUUUCAGUCUUUAAUUCCCGUUUAAAAUUUCAUGAUAUCCAUUCGUUUCAAUCAGGUUUUUUAUGUUUUCACUCAAGAACUCUACACUCCCUUCCAAAUUCAAUAACCUAUUCCCAAUAAACGGUCAAAUCCAUAAUUAUAAUACUAGGAAUGCCCACUCAUUUCGCUUGCCACAUGAAUGAAUGACUGAAUGAAUGAACGAACGAACAAACGAACGAACGAACGAAUGAAUGGAUGCAUGCAUGCAUGCAUGCAUGCAUGAAUGAAUGAAUGAAUGAAUGAAUGCAUGCAUGCAUGAAUGCAUGCAUGAAUGAAUGAAUGAAUGAAUGAAUUCCUGAAAUCCUUGUCAAAAUGGAGGACACUGCCUUAAAAAUGGCGACGGAACAUACAUCUGUUCGUGCAACAGGCCAUACACGGGAGAAAACUACCAGGAAAGAUAGUAUAAAAUAGCUAUGCUUUGUACUUAGAAAGCCUUUUCAGCCGUGACUUAUGAUUUCCUAAUACCAAGCCUCGCGCGUUGAGAUGGGAAAAGAAAAAAAGAUAUAAUAAAGAUAUGCUGAUAUACCUAUUAUAGGGGCCAGGUGACGAUAGAAGAUUAAAAAAAGACCAGCAUGACUCCCGGAAUGUAUUUAUAAAUAAGAGGGUCCAAUGGAUCUAUAUCACUCAUUUGCAAAGGGGGAUUGAAGAUUAUAUUUGCUGGGAAACAAAUCAAACAAAUUACAAACAGAAUUUAAUGAUAAAAGGUUUCAGUUUCCCCUUGAAUUCACGUUUCUGGAAAAAAGCAAGCCACCUACAACGAUAAAUAAAAAUAAAAAGUCAAAACUGAUUUGUACCCACUGACGCGUCUCUCCCCUUUCCUUAUGACGAGUAUAGAGAUGAAUACGUGUAAAACUGAUAAGAUGUAAAUUUUUGUUUAUAGUUUUACAGUAAGGAAAAUACCUAAUCAGUUAGUUAAAGUGAGUCUUGACUAGGAUUUGAAUUUUCUAAUUUAAUUUUUGGCAGAGGUGGACCCUUGCUCCUCGGAUCCUUGUCAAAACGGAGGAUACUGCCGUGAUAAUCGCGACGGAACACACAGCUGUUUGUGCAACAUUCCAUACACGGGAGACAACUGCCAGGAAAGUUAGUAUCACGCAUUUGUAAAAUUGUAAAAGGUUUAUGAUCACUUUCAACACAGGUUUCUAUUUUCCUAGCUUCUGCUUAAUGGUUGGUUCAAAAAUGCUUACGUAUACGCUUCUGAGCUCAUGCAGAAUGAUGUAAUGUCUACAAGCAGGGUGGAAUGUCUAAGAACUCUGUCCAAGAAGGUCACUUGGCCAGCAGUGACACGAGGCCUUACCUAUAAAUUUUAGGCUAAAGGCGAAUGCAACGACUAAAAUUCAAACUAGCAUCACUCGCCUUUUCACUUUUCAGAAAAGGGGCAACGGAGCCGUGAAUACAAUCGUCGUAACUCACGACAAACCUUAUCAACAAAUUUACAAUGCGAAGAAAAUCAGUAGAAAUAGAUAGUAUGGCUUCAUGGCAGUAGCUACUACUUAUCCCUUAUAUUAUUAGUAAAAGUGCUUUGAGUUUAUUUCUGUUGACACUGUUUUCCAGUAUUAAACCCUUGCUCCCCAAAUCCUUGUCAAAAUGGAGGAUACUGCCGUAAUAAUAGCGAUGGAACAUACAACUGUUCAUGCAACAGACCAUACACGGGAAUGGAGUUUUUACGUAGCCUACGAUUCUGCGAAACUGCCUAUCUUUCCCCUCCCUACUCCCCCCUCCCCAUAUUUAGUGGUCCCUUUUGGAAGGUGGUAACUUACGAGAAUCGAACGCAGGGGUCUCUUUUGAACAUGGGUCCCGACAUAUCUACUCUUUGCAGAGAAUUUAUGGCAAGCAAUUUCUAAGUUACGUAUACUUUUUGUAAGUUAGAUUUAAUAAUAGUUAGUUUAGUUUAAGUUUAUUUUACUGACUUUUUUCAGUCUUUGAUCCUUGCUCUUCAAAUCCUUGUCAAAAUGGAGGACUUUGUUUUAAUAAUGGCGACGGAAGGUACAGCUGUUCAUGCAACAGUCCAUAUAAGGGAAAAAACUGCCAGGAAAGUUAGUAACAACUUCAAAACUUUGUAUUUAGUCUUUUUAGUGAAUGACUCAGUUAUUGAUAAAAACUUAUCCUUUAUACACUUACGUAGGUAAGGCACUAAUGAUUGUCAUGUAAAUGACAGGAUUUAUUUACAACCGUUUGUCUCAAGAAUAAGACAUUGAUCGCUAAGGUUUGAGCAUUUGCACAUUUAUUUGUAUCAGCUGCUCUUAUUCUUUAAAGACAAAAUCAUUGAAUCCUUUUGCCAAGAAUUGUAAUUUUCGGAUUUAAUUUUUGUCAGAGUUGGAUCCUUGCUCCUCUAAUCCUUGUCAAAAUGGAGGAUUCUGUCGUGAUAGAGGCAAUGGAACAUAUGGCUGCUCAUGCAAAGGUCCAUACACCGGAGAAAACUGUCAGGAAAGUUAGUAUCUUGAAUGAGAUUUUAGAAUGUUCUCCCACUGCACAGGUCGAUAUUUGGAAAAACCCACGCCUUCACUCCUAGCUUAGUACAUUCUUAGGGAACGUUCCUUCAACUGGGCUAAUGAUAGACGUUUAUUUUAAACCUUCAUACAUGUGCAGAAUUAAAGAUAAAGGAAUCAGUGGAAAGCUCAAUAAGUACAUGUAUAUAAGUAAUAAAGUUCUAUAUAUUAUUAUAUAGGCCAGUUUGCCAGCUGUGGCCGCACUAAAAGUACUUAUGGACGCUUGUGCCUAUGCAAUGCCCAUUUUACGUUUCUGUUAUUCAUAGUUGACUUUAUUCUUGUCUCUACGUCUCCGUUCCGAGAAAUUAGGGAGCUUUAGCAUUGACGACGGCAACGGCAGCGAAAACUUCAGUUUUAAAAUGAAUUCCCGUUUUUUCAAUCUUAGUCGCGUUUAUAUUCCAAUUUGCUGAAAAUGGCAAGUGUAGGCGAAUUUCCCUGCAGUUGAUUUCUUUAGGACCGCACUCAAGUUUAGAGAGAGAAAAAGAGAUUCGUCGUCGCUUGUUUACGUCCUCCACAAAAUUUGCACUUAGGUAUUUUCACGUCGUAGUCGUGCAAGGACGGUAAAGAAAUGUCCAAAAAAGCGUGAUGCACGUGCCACGUUGUUGUUUUGCUAAUAUAAACCUAUUGCUUUUUUGACGUCACUCGUUGCCGUCGCCGUCGUCGUUGCUAAAGCUCCCUAAUAUGGGAAGGGGAAGGGGGAGCGGGCUGCAUUUGUCAGUUAGAUUAUCAGAAACGUUAAUUUGAGUUUAUAAUUUGUACUGACUUUUUCAGUCUUUGAGCCUUGCUCCUCAAAUCCUUGUCAAAAUGGAGGUGACUGCCGUAAUAAUGGCGAUGGAACAUACAACUGUUCUUGCAAGAGUCCAUACACGGGACAAAACUGCCAGGAAAGUUAGUAUGAAAUAUCAAUACGUCAGGUAUUUUGUCUCUUCAGUACCCGACUCGGUCCUGGCUUACAAUCUGUUAGGGCUUAAAGUUUGUUAGCUAAAGUAUAUUCAUAUACUUAAGUCUGGCCCCUUACAACUGAUUGUCACUGGUCCUCUGAAUUCACGAAUUUAAAUUCGUUACUGAUCGCCACGUUUUGAGUACAAGUUUGCCUCUAGUCUUACUUUUUAGCCAGAAGGUGAUUGAAUGGUAUGUCGACUAAUUUUGGGAAUUUAUUUUUGCCAGAGCUGGAUCCUUGUUCCUCUAAUCCUUGUAAAAAUCACGGAUUCUGUCGUGAUAAUGGAAACAGAACAUUUGCCUGUUCAUGCAAGAGUCCCUAUAGGGGCUUCAAUUGUCUCUUUUUAUAAAGCCUGCAGCCUUAACGCCUAAAUGACGAUUUAUAAUUCAUAUUUUAAAACUUUUUCAAUAAGGCCAGUAAAAACGUUAUGAAACAAAUAUGUUUGAUUUUACAGGGAGUGGUAAUAGGGCAAUGGCUAAUACUUCGUCAGUUUUACUAGCUAGUCUCGGCAAAGAGAAACAAUACAUACUCCCUUCACCCCUGUUUUUAUGACAGAAAGAGAGGGGAUAAAGGGAGAGAGAUCAGAGGGACACUUUCUCUGCUAUUGCACAAAAUACUUAAAACUUAGAAAUGAACUUUUCGCACAAAAGCAAAGUCUUACAAGUAAGGGUUUUCUAAAACUUAACACAGUAGAAAUCACGGAUAAAAAACGACGUUUCGACCGAUCUUCGGUUAUUUUCAAGUAGGUAAAAAAGGUGAAAGAAUUAGCAUAUAUAUGUGUCUAGGGUGUAAAAAUAUGUUAAGAACUAUAAAAAGUUUUUGAAAAUGCAUACAUAAAGCAUACAGAAAAAAAACAACAACUGUUACAAUAGAAUCUAAUUAAAAGAGCGAUUUAAAAACUCCAUAGUCAUCUCCAAAAUUUUUAGCAGCUAUUUUACUCGGAACUGGUGAUUAAACUGCUAUUGAACUCCGAAGAUAUUUAUCUUAAUUUACGACUGACGAAUUAUAUCUUAUUACUUAACAAUUUGUGUGACGUGACAGUGGACUGUCAUGUAAAAUGUCACUUGACUCUGAACUGUUAUUAUAAUAAUAUGAUAUCAUAAUUAUUAUUAUUUCUUUUUUUUCGUUCUUAUUUCACGUAUCUUGCAAUAAUCUAAAUAAUUAUAGUCAUGUAAUUUAAGGUUGUUUUUGUUGUUGCUGUUGUUGUCUAGACGUUUAUAACCAUGCAUGAAGACUGAUCUAAAAUUUAAAAACAAUAAUAUAUAUUAAUCGUUUCAUUUUUCAUACCUGGUACUAUCCUCAGAUAUUCAUUGACAAAGCUCUGUCUCCUCAUAUCAAUCAUUCUCAGCGUACAGACUCAUGCUUUUUUUAGCUUUUAUGUUAAACUGAGAUUUUCCUAAACACCUUCAAAGAAAUGACUAUACAGCAAUUUUUUUAAAAAACAAUACUGCUCAGUAAAAUUUAAUGUCGCUGAUUUGGGCCUAUUUUCAGUCAUAAAGCCUUGCUUGUCCAACCCUUGUCAAAAUGGAGGGAGCUGCAAUGACAACAGUGAUGGGACUUACAUCUGUACAUGCCAGAAUGGAUUCACUGGAGACAUGUGCCAAAAACGUUAGCGUUAGCAUCCGGCCAUUUCUUUCAACGAUUUUAAACAAGCAUAUAAUGAACAAAAACAAACAAGCUAACAAAAAGCUAACUCGAUUGAAUGUGAUUGCUUUUGUCGACUUUUUUCUUUUCCAUCCAUCUGGCCGGUAUCACUACUAAAAUACCUUGUGUCUGUUUGUUGAAUUAAGGAGUUUAGUCGUAAUAAUGGGUUUGUUGAAGUUGUAAAAUGAGGCAAAGACUGGACAAGAAGAGCUACAUACUGCCCUUUUAAGGCCUUGGCCGCCAUAGUCUUUUUCACAAUUUGUAUUAAUUUUAGGCCUACUGGUCGUAUUGCGGGAGUUUCCAUGCGUACGAUACUGAUCAAUUCAAGAAUAUCUGAAGCAUUUUCGUGUGUAGUUAAUAUGUAAUUGUUCCUGUAUAAUUUUCAUGCCCUUAAAAGCCCAGGAGAUAAAGAUAUGAAAUUAUCUAGCCAUUAUUUGUUAGAACAACCUGUGGACUUUGUCUCAUUUAUUCAAGGAUAAGAAUGGGUCUCAGAACAUCAGAAAAAAUCAGAAGAUCUUCAUGUUAAGGAGAAAGUUACUAUUGCAAGUUUAAAUAGAAGCUUUUUUUUUUUUAAUUAUUAGGGGACUGCCGCUCGCAACCAUGUGAAAAUGGAGGAACAUGUGUGGAGUUAGGCGAUACGACAAUUUGUCAAUGCUCCUCUGGAUUCACUGGAAGUAUUUGCCAAGGAAGUGAGUGCGUAAAUCUUUUUCAUCCCGUUCUAGAGGAAUGAACCAACUUUUACUUACGCCCUUGAGAAUUCAAGGGCACUUCAAACGACUCAAGCUAGGCCUUCCAGCCUCGUCAAAUUAUACAGAACUUAAGGGAUGGUAAAAGAGUUAGAUAUGGCUAUUUAAUGAUAAGUAAAGAUAUCUGACGGUUUCUUUUUCUGGCUGUGUAAUGACAACACAUUCGUCCGCCGAAACAACGUGGAACUAGAAAGGGGUUUAGACAGUUACUUCUUUCUUGUUAACAUUUGUUAGAAAAGUUUGAUCAGUUCCGAUUUCUCUUUGAAUUCGAAUUACAAAAAGGAAAACUGAAUUUUUGCUAGUAUGGAAUUCUUUCUGAAAACAUCAGUCAACUGAACAAUUGUUUAGAUUGCCGUGAAUACUCUUAAAAUUAUUGCGGUCAGAAGAUGAUUAUGUCCCCAGUCAUAUAAGGUUGUUUUGCUCAUCAUCUUAGUCUCUCUUCGUAAUCUUUAUUUUAAUACUUACUUUGUUUUAUGUUACAGUCGACUCAGGAUAACUCGAACCUUCAAGGGAAAGCUAAAAAGGUUCGAGUUGGCGGGAGUUCGAGUUAUUGGGAGUUCGACGCAAAUGACCGGAAAUAAGAAUGGGAUGGGGAAUGAAUUCAAGUAACAGGCGCCCUUCAAAACUUCAUAAAUACACAGUACUGGCCACUGUAUUUAAACUGGAAAACAAAAAAGUAAAGAAAAAGAAUGCAUGGUUGUUAAAAUGAUCAAUGUUUCGGGCUGUAGUGCACUUUUUUUCGACUUGUCAGGCGCUUAAAGCAUGGUUCGAGUUAUCGAGGGUUAAUUAAUACAGAAAUGAUCUGAAGGGAAACAAAGAUUACUUCGAGUUAGCAGGAGGUUCAAGUCAUCGAGUGUUCGAGUUACCGAGAGUACAAUUAUAGUGAAUGAAUGAAGGAAAUCCAGGGGAAACCGAUUUUGGCUGCGCUAGGGUUCCAGUUAUCGGGAGUGGCCUGUAGUUUACCGUAAAAUUCCGAAAAUAAGCCCAGGGGCUUAUAUUUUUCAAAGGCCCUUUUUGAACGGCUUAUUUUUGGAGAGGCUUAUAUUCGGAGGGAAAUUUGUGUUUCAAAACCGAUUGGGCUAGCCUUAUAGUUGGAAGUAAAUUUACCGUUUUUGCUUUGUAUUACUUUGUAUUUAAGGGCAAUUUUCCAAGUACAAGCCCACGGGAAGCUUAUAUUUGGAGGGGUGAUUUAACGGAGGGUUUUUUGCGUUACCGGUUUGGGGGACUUAUAUUUGGAGGAGCUCAUUUUCGGAAUUUUACGGUAUUCUAUUCAUGGUAUUGUAUAUUGCUGUUUAGUCCAUCUAUUAGAACCUCGUAUUGUAAAUAUGUCUUUCCUUUCCCUGCCUCUAUUAGUUCCUAGGCUAUUUGCUGGUGGGAAAAUUAUGUCAUUAGUUAUAAUGUUGAAUUUCAAUAAAAUUUGUUGUUUGUUGUCCUUCUAGCUGAAGGUAUGUGAAGUAAAAAAUGAUUAGCUAAUUGCAUGCUCUUCCAUCCGUAGAGAAGUUAGCUUAACUUUUUUUCAUUGAACUCGAAUCAUAUCCGAUAUUUAAACGUUUUACUGUAGACAUGUAGAGGGCCUUAGUAAGGUUAUGAGGCUUGGUAAUAUUUUGUUUUAACAAUUUGUAGGCUGAUUUUCAUUAGUUUUGCUUGUCGGUGUUGUCUUUUAAUUUCUUCAGAGACUCCAUUUAUUACCCGGAAUCCUAGAGAUGCAAUACGUAUGGAAGGUGGAAAGGUUACGUUUUGCUGCGAGGCUGAAGGAUCACCAGCUCCCACAUAUUCAUGGUACAUCAAAAAUGAACCAGCCCAUGAUAUGAUAUCAUGCACCGCAGGUACCCCAAGCUCACGAGUGAGAAUCCUUGUUGCGUAACGGAAAUAUCACAAGGGAUUUUAGCGGUCGUUAUUUAGGGGUCAAAAAUAGUAAUGAAAAUAUAUCAAAAUUUCUUACCCUGAGUCCUUGUUUAAAUUUAUAUGGUGUGUUCGCGAUUCCAGCGAGUUUUAGUUCUCUUACGCAAACAACCAUUCUCACUCGAGAGCUUUCAGUUGUUGGCCGGUACUUGUGGUUACAAAUGGGUUAAUUCAUUUUAGACCUCAAUCAUUAUACUAACAUUUUGACUUUCCAAGUUUAAUUCAUGUUAAUCUGUCAAUUGUAAAAUAAAAGAAGGUUGUGAAUGAUUAUCAUGCGUUAGCUAGCGCCAGCUAUAAAGAAGAGAAUUAAUGAUGUUUGCUAAGCCUUGGAAUAUCCCAGGAAAAGACUGUCUACUUACAAGUGAGGUCGUUUACAUUUCUCUGUACUCUUAGUGGGACAGACUAGACUUGAGGGAUUGAACGUAAAUUGCACUCUCUUAGUAGUGCCAGACCAGUAAACACAAGCACAUAUACUAGUGCAGGGUCCUAACAUGGUAUAUCCGGGCCUUGUAAUGAACGAACCAUUUGAAACCAAAGUACGCACGAAAUCGACCAGGAAACAAUUAAAAAUCCCUCUAUUAUAACGAGGUUAUUUAUUGCAGGCUCCAUGACAAUGUACCAAUGGCAAAUAAGGUGUCCAAGACUCUACGUUUGACAAGCUUAUCGACCGCUGAUGAUGGCUUAUACAAAUGUCGAGCGACAAACAGAUACGGAAAAGUGGUGUCAAGCGAAGCGACGCUGACAGUGAUUGCUGGUAAGAAAAAGGAAGGUUUUAGUUUAGUUAAGCAGUGUACGAGAAAAAAUUAGUCGAGACCCGCCUUUUUCAUUUCGUGGUGCUUUUCUUUUCUUUUCUUUCUUUCUUAUUUUUUUUUUUUUUUUACAACUGCUUCCAAGUUUUAAAAUUCAACAAUUACAAAUUACCGUAAAUGCUCGAAUUAGCGCCCUGGCGCUUCUUUAAUUUUCUAAGGCGAGAGGGGGGCGCUAAUUCGAAGGGGAGCGCUUAUUUGAAGGGGGGCGCUUAUUUCGUUUAUCAAUUUUUAGCCUCAAAAUGACACUAUCUUUACCGAAAAUGGCCUCGUAAUUCCAGGAACUUUUAAGGCAGUAACAAGGAGCCGGCGAUUGGGAGCAAAGUUUUACGAGGAACUUAAUAAAGUGAAGCAGCUAUGUGCUCACAUGGAUAUUUCUAUCAAGGAAAUGAGAAGCAAACCAGUGCGACUUUGAAAGGACGUUACUGUUUAUACUAUUUAACAAUGUCACAUUUCAUUAAGAGAACCGUAUAGACCGUAUACGUCUCGUAUAUCUUACCGAGUACCACAACUCAUUUUUUCUCGGGGGAGGGGGGGCGCUUAUUUGAAGGGGGCGCUUAUUACAAAUUUUGAGCCUUAGGAGGGGCGCUAAUUCGAAGCGGGGUGCUUAUUUGAAGCUGGGCGCUAAUUCGAGCAUUUAUGGUACAUAAUUAUUCUCCAGAUAAUACAACACUCUUAUCGUGAUUUCUGCUAGCCUGAAUCGAUCGUUCAUUUUUUUUGUAUUUGGAUUAAAUUUACCAACUGAACACUUUGUUUUCAUGUCAAAGUGCCAGAAUACAAGUUAACUAUUUCUAAAAAGGCUCUUUAAUUAAAGUUGAAUACAGUCGAACCUGUAUUAAGCGUUCACCCUCUAUUAAGCGGUCAGUUUCCAAAGUGUCGAAAAUUACUUCCCAUGAUGUACUGUAAUUUCGACCUCUAUUAAUAACCGGUCACAUCUAUGAAGCGGUCGCGGUCACCAUUUGCGAAGUCCUAACGGGACUUUUUCUAUUGUCUUGACAUGUAUUAAACGGUCACACGAUGUCAAUUACUUGUUCAUACAGUUUCAAAUAAUGUAGCACACGAGGUACAACAAUUGAUUUCCUUGUUUAUUUUCGCAAAAUCAUUAAAAAGCCGGAAAUGAAUGUUUCUACUUGAGGUCAAACGUCUGAUCUGAUCAGCACUGGAGAUCGAAUUCUUUGAACUGUGUUGCUUACAACCUGUAUUAGGCGGUCACCCUGUAAGCCAUUCUCCGAGGGUGACCACUUAAUACAGGUUCGACUGUAGCAGUUGGCACUAGAUGUUUCCUAUUCAUAUACUGUGCCUUUCAUGCUCUGGAUUCUGGCUGCCUUCCACAUGAUGGACAAACAUAAACCAGCGAUAAACAACCAUAAAACUUACUGGGAAUAGCAAUGUCGUCCUGAUGUACGUGUGCUGUUCUCGGAGUGGAUCACUUAACUCCAUCUAUGAAGCAGUGGGGUUUCUCAAUAAAUCGAUCUUUUUUAACCGAAUAAGACUAAAUUUUCACCGCUCUCCCUUGCCCAACCACAAAAACGUUUAUUCCAUUGCUUUUUAAUUCUAUUCUGUAAGAUGCAAUUUACCUUUAAAUCCUAGGUAGCGGGGAUGAUUCAUGUGAUCCUAAUCCUCUUAGAAAAGAGGUCACUUUGCCCCCUGGUUGUACUGAAGAUGGCAGUGGAAGUAACAUAGUCGAUGUUGGUACUUGUUCUUAUGACAAGUGCGUUAGGCGAGGCCAGGGAGACUCUGGAAAAUGCGGAAGAAGAAGUGCCAAGCUCAAGCGUUGUUGUAGCCCUGUUUCCCCGCUAAUGAAAAGCCAAGUCAGUUGCCCUAAUGGUAUAAAAUUCAACGUUGAAAAAGUAAGAGGUUGUGAGUGCUCUUCGUGUGCUGUGCCAGACAUAGUGGUUCGUGGCAGAGUAAUCAAUGAAGAAGGUGAAGCGCUGAUGUUGGGUGAAAUCGAAGUUAUAGGAGACAAGAAAAAGUACUAUACAGACAUGGCUGGAAAUUUUCGAUUUACCGUUGAGGCUGGUUCCAGGAGACUGGUUUUGAAUAUAACAGACCCCUACGGAUACUUACAAGACACCACUAAGGCGUUUGAAUUACAUGAAGAACAAAUUUCAUUCUACACCAUCGUGCUCCAGAAUAAACCAUCGCCAAUAAAAUUUGCAGCCGCCCAGAAAAAGAAAAUACCUUUGAGUGCCCCAACAAAACCUGCUUUCGCUGCUGUUGACAUUCCAGAGAGAGCUUUUGUUACCGCUGAUGGGAAGGUGUACGACGGGGAGAUUACAGCUAACGUGGGAGUGGUUGAUCCUAGAAAUGAGGCAGACAUGGCUGCAGCUCCAGGAGAUUUUUCUACAACAGAUGACGAUGGAGAGGAGGUUAUGCUAGCUUCAGCGGGGAUGCUAAGGCAGUCCUUCUCUGACAGCGGUGGCAAUAAGCUGAACCUUGACCGAAACAUAAGUGUUCGCAUCGAUGUUGAAAAGUUAGAUCUACCCGAUGGCCUUCCUGUAUAUCAAUAUUAUCUGAACAAAGAAACAGGUCUCUGGGUGAAGUUUGGAGUUCUUAGAACUGAAGAGGAAGAUGUUGUAGAGUACGUUGGGCGGACGAAGAGGUAACGUAGAAGGAAGUUCUUUGUCAGCGAAAUCACGCCAAAUGUACCUUAUGACACAAUAAACUGGGAUUCCCCGAUUGUUGCCAGUUAUGUGAGAGUGGUUGCCCCAGCUGGAGCGGUGGUGACUCGCAUUGGCCAAAGCAGCAAUGGCCAAUCGUUUACCUCCUAUCGCCAGGAAACCGUUCCUGCUAGUGGAAUCUUGUGCAUUCGGAGUCUGCGAAAUUGGCCAGCAGUCAUUCAAGCUGAACUUUACGCAGCCCCUUUGAUACCGCAACAACCCAGAAACUUUCCUCUUGCGGUGAAUCCGCGGAUUAUUUCAAGAAAUCCCUCAAGUCAUCCUAUUCAGUCAUUUCAGUUUACCUCUACUAUUGCAGGUUCCAGUGGUCCAGUGUAUGGAAUGGGACAGGAAAGUCGGUGUCAGCAGCGCAAAGCAGUUGAUUUUGCGUUCAAAUUCCAGGAAGCUAUAUCUAGUCCAGCAGCAAGUUUUAACUGGGAAAGUAGCCGAGAAAAACACCCUAGAAACCCUCGAGUCUGGCAGGUUCUGGGUUCUGAUAUCUGCUUCAUCAAAGCCAUUGUUAAUGGAUCCAGUUCUGAAUCAGUCAUCUAUGUUAAAAGCGUUGGCAAAGCACGCCGUGGAGAAGUGAGAAACGGUCAAGAGGUGCUGGAUUAUGGCUACGUAGCGGAGAAGACAACAAGGGUUGGUGGUAAGGGCGUGGUGUGUUUGGAGUACCGAUGCAAUCAAGGUCUAUCCCCUUACCAAACCCAUUUGCAGUUCAUAGCGCUGACGGGCAGAUGCAAAAUUCAACGUCUGAGUCCUCAUUUGGAGAAGACAAGAUGUAAAGUACAACCAGACGCUGAUACUGACACAGAACAAAACUUGUGUGUACCAGACUUAAAUGGUAACGACGCUGGUCUUUACAAAGGUAAAAAGGAGGCAAAAGAGGCAAAAGCAAGGUGUCUAACUGGGAACAAUAAUUACCGUAUAGGAAAUGGUGAACUUAGAACUACAAAAGCAAACCCUGCUGUUGAACUAUAUUGCACUAGGUGA